AUGAAUACACGAUCAGGACCCGUUGAUAAAUACACGAUGCAGCCCACGUUGAUAUAGGCACGUUGAUACAUAGGCGAUGUUGUCAUCGUGUAUUUACCAUCGUAAAUGAAAAAGCACGUGACGUACCUCAGCACACCGUCUACACGCGGCUUGUCACGGACCCCACAAUCAUUCAGAUUUUGAAGUAAUGAAUACAAAAAUUUCCAUGGACCAGUGGUUCUGAAGUUUCUUUGUUGGAAAAAUCGACCAAAUCUAGGGAUAGAGCAUACUCAUGGGAUCCAGUAUACUGCAAAAUAAUGGCGAAGCCUGGUACCUACAAUGAUAUAGUUGAGGAGCUGCAUGCUGAGUAUCCUGAGCUAUCAGGUUUUAAAGGAGGAGCAAUGAUGCAGCAACAUGUUGUGGAGGAUCUAUAGGAAAUGUAUUGGUUCAGCCUCUGCGGUGGUAGACACAAGGAGGAUCAGAGCUGUGAUGUCUUGUCAACAUCCUGCAGAACAUAUCUCAAGAUGAUCAGGGAGAGUGACAUCUUUAUUCAUCUCAGCUGUCAUCAUGCUCUGCCUUCACUGCUGGCUCCAAGAGGUUCUGUGGUGGUCCAGGUUCCAGCUGCCAGGUUUGUGGCAGAACUUGGUUGUGGCCACACCUGUGGUGCCCUUAGGAAGGGAGCUGUUAGCAGCACAUCGGCAAACCAUCCUUCAUGCCUUCUUACCAAAGGAUCCAAGGGCAGCAGUGAGCUUAAGUUGUUUGGAGUGCCGCUCUGCACUGGGAGCACUGAGUGUGUGGAUAGCCACUGGUGCCACUGUGGAGGAUGUAGAGAACUUUGCCAUCAACGAAUGCAUUAACUUAAACCUUUAUCCUGAGGAUGUCUGCUUUGGUAUGGUGAAACUAGCUGGUCCUGAAGUGCUGUAUGUAUUUAGCAACACAAACUACUCUCAUGAUACAAUGUGUGGCUGGAUGUUUGGUCUUGAUUGUGUGCAUACUGAAUUGGACUCAUGGACUGUAGAGAUUCCUGGUGGCAAGCCUGAGCCCAACCAUCCGGAACCUGUGCAGCCCACCCCAAGUGUGAAGAAGAUUUUACAUCUCUCGGAUCUCCAUGUUGACCUUCUAUAUGAUGAGGGUAGUGCUGCUGUCUGUGACCACCCGUACUGUUGCCGGAAUGCCUUUGGUACAGCAGGCCCAGAUGUGCCAGCAGCAGGUCACUGGGGAACACUAGCAUAUUGUGACAUUCCUCUACAUACUUUAGAGGAUCUUUUGUCUCGGGCUGCAGAAAUCACCAAGCCAGACCUUGUUUAUAUUACAGGAGACCUUCCUCCACAUGAUGUCUGGGCUCAGAAUCAUGCCACUAAUCUCAUUGCCAUUGAAGUCACCAUGGAGCUUGUCAGGAAACACUUCCCUGGCGUUCCUGUUCUUAACACUCUUGGGAAUCAUGCAUCAGCUCCUGUCAAUAGCUUUGUUGUGCCAGCUGCCUACGGUGAUGGCUGGAGCAUGAGCUGGCUGUAUGAUAGUGUGGCUGAUUUGUGGGCAGAGUGGCUGCCUGAGUCUGCUUUGGUUGAUGUGAGGCGAGGUGGUUUUUACCAGUACUCUCCUGUACCAGGCCUCAGGGUGAUAUCACUCAACAUGAACUUUUGCAAUUCUAUUAACUGGUGGCUGCUAAUUAGAAAUGAGGACCCAGUUGAACAGCUGAAGUGGUUUGUGGAGACAUUGGCACAUGCUGAAGCUGCUGGGGAGGCAGUGCACAUUAUAGGCCACAUCCCAACGGGGGGAGGAGACUGUGAACACACCUGGAGCCAUGUCUUUAACCAAAUUGUGUACAGAUAUGAGUCAACAAUCCGAGGGAUAUUCUUUGGCCACACUCAUGGUGACUCCUGGUCAAUUUACUAUGAUAUGGACACCUACACCAGGCCUGUGGCUGUGUCCUUCAUCAGUCCCUCAGGUACUACUGGCACCUAUCAUCAUCCAGCUUUCAAGGUGUUUGAGGUAGAUGGUGGACAUGAAGAUGCAACUUGGGUUAUCCUGGAUGCUACUGCCUACAGUACAAACCUAACAGAAGCCAAUGUGGAGGGAGGCUUUCCAGUAUAUACUGUAAGGUACAACGCUCAGGACUCGUAUGAUGUGAAGUCCCUGACUCCCACCAGCAUGCAUGAACUAGUACUUAAUAUGGUCACUGAAGAAGGCCUCUAUGAUCAACAUUACUGGAAUGUCCACAAUGACUUAGUAGAAGUUGAAGGUCCUAGUUAUAAUUUUACCUGUGGUACCAGCUGCCUCAAGUUCGAACUGUGUGAAUUUGUGAUUUCGGACUCUUCUGACAGAACAGCGUGUCAUAAGCUUGAAGAUUAUAUUGACGCAAAUUAUGUCCCAUCAUCUGAGGAAUUUUAUUUCUAGAUGUCUUUCAUUUCCUCUCUAACAUGAGCACCAUCCAUACUCUCAGGAUUUAUAUAUUCUCUAUCAACUGAUUUUGUAACAACUGUAGAUGCACACACACACACAAUCUCUAUAUACACAUAUAUCUAUCUUUAUACAGGAUGAUACAGGGUGUCCUAUGAGUAAGGUUACAUAUUUUAUCAUAUAUAUACAGUUUAAAUAAUUCUGUUGAAAAUAUCGGCUUUGAAGCCUUUGGCGAAAAGCCUCUUUUUUGGGGAGACGAGUGAAGCUAAUGCACCAGCUAUAGUGGUCGUCGUACCAACGACGUCAUUCUAGGAAUGAUCCACGUUUCGCUCAGUAUACCACUAAAAAGUCAUCUAGAAUAUUCUAGGCUGCAUUAGCAGGAAAAGAAAACGGAAAGAAAACGGGGAACCCUCAGCAGCUACGUGUAGACUGGAACGCGUCAUUAAGAAAUCCCAUAGAACCUGAAAACUGGAGGGGAGGAAAGGCAGCGCCUGGGCAGGAACCAUGAUGUGCAUUAGCUUCACUCGUCUCCCCAAAAAAGAGGCUUUUCGCCGAAGGCUUCAAAGCCGAUAUUUUAGUGAGACUUGUUCGCUAAUGCACCAGCUACCUUCCAAAGGAGGUGGGCAGUGUCAGGGUAGAAAAAACACGUGAAGCAAAGCCCCACAACAACUGUAUUGUACAAAAGUUAUACAAUAUAUGCCAAAAUACA